AGUCUGGGCCGCUGGGUGCAGAGGCUGCCGCAGCCCCAGUGGCUACCGCCACCUCCCCCAACCCCCAUCCCCAUUGUCUCCCACUCCACCCGGCCCUCCACCUCCCCUACAACCAUGGCGCAUGAAGCCGGGAGAAGCUCUCUUCUCAGGGGGCCCUGCGGGGAGCCAGCGGAGCUUGGAGGUGAUGCUAGCGAGGAGGACCACCCCCAAGUCUGUGCCAAAUGCUGCGCACAAUUCACUAACCCGACUGAAUUCCUCGCUCACCAGAAUGCGUGUUCUACUGAACCCCCUGUAAUGGUGAUAAUUGGAGGCCAGGAGAACCCCAACAACUCUUUGACCUCUUCUGAACCCCGUCCUGAAGGCCACAACAGUCCUCAGGUCAUGGAGGCAGAGCACAGCAACCCCUCGGAUUCUGGAUCCUCGGUGCCCACAGAUCCCACCUGGGGGGCAGAGCGGAGAGGAGAGGAAUCUGCAGGGCAUUUCCUGGUGGCUGCCACAGGGGCAGAAACGCCCAAGCAGGCUUUCUUCCACCUUUAUCAUCCGCUGGGGUCACAGCACCCUUUUUCUGCUGGAGGGGUUGGGCGAAGCCACAAACCCACACCUGCCCCCUCCCCAGCCCUGCCAGGGAGCACAGAUCAGCUGAUUGCCUCACCUCACCUGGCAUUCCCAGGCACCACGGGACUACUGGCAGCACAGUGUCUUGGGGCAGCUCGAGGCCUCGAGGCUACUGCCUCUCCAGGGCUCCUGAAGCCAAAGAACGGAAGUGGUGAGCUGGGCUAUGGGGAAGUGAUGGGUCCCUUGGAGAAGCCUGGUGGACGGCACAAAUGCCGCUUUUGUGCCAAAGUAUUUGGCAGUGACAGUGCCCUGCAGAUCCACCUGCGUUCACACACAGGUGAGAGGCCCUAUAAAUGUAACGUCUGUGGCAACCGCUUUACCACCCGCGGCAACCUCAAAGUACAUUUUCACCGGCAUCGUGAGAAGUACCCGCAUGUACAGAUGAACCCUCACCCGGUGCCAGAGCACCUAGACUAUGUCAUCACCAGCAGUGGCCUGCCCUAUGGUAUGUCCGUGCCACCAGAGAAGGCCGAGGAGGAGGCAGCCAUGCCAGGUGGAGGUGUGGAACGCAAGCCUCUGGUGGCCUCCACCACAGCACUCAGUGCCACAGAGAGCCUGACACUGCUGUCCACCGGUGCAGGCACAGCCGCAGCUCCUGCACUCCCUGCUUUCAAUAAGUUUGUGCUCAUGAAAGCAGUAGAGCCAAAGAGUAAAGCUGAUGAAAAUACUCCUCCAGGGACUGAGGCCUCUGCUAUUGCAGCAGUGACAGAAAGUGGCACAGCAACUCGCAUGCAACUAAGUAAGUUGGUGACUUCACUUCCCAGCUGGGCACUGCUUACCAACCACUUUAAGUCCACAGGGAGCUUCCCCUUCCCCUAUGUGCUAGAGCCCUUGGGGGCCUCACCCUCUGAGACGUCGAAGCUGCAGCAACUGGUAGAAAAGAUCGACCGACAGGGAGCCAUAGCAGUGGCUUCUACCACCUCAGGAGCCGCCACCACCUCUGCCCCUGCAGCUUCCUCUUCAGCCUCAUCUGGACCUAACCAGUGUGUCAUCUGCCUCCGGGUGCUGAGCUGUCCUCGAGCACUGCGCCUACAUUAUGGCCAACAUGGAGGUGAGCGGCCCUUCAAAUGCAAAGUGUGUGGCAGAGCUUUUUCCACCCGGGGCAAUCUGCGUGCACAUUUCGUGGGCCACAAAGCCAGUCCAGCUGCUCGAGCCCAGAACUCCUGCCCCAUCUGCCAGAAGAAGUUCACCAAUGCGGUGUCUCUGCAGCAGCAUGUUCGGAUGCACCUGGGGGGCCAAAUUCCCAAUGGUGGUACCACGCUCCCUGAAGGUGGGGUAGCUGCCCAGGAGAAUGGCUCUGAGCAAUCUACCAUCUCUGGGGCAGGGGGCUUCCCCCAGCAGCCAUCCCAGCAGCCAUCCCCAGAAGAGGAGUUGUCUGAAGAGGAGGAGGAGGAAGAGGAAGAAGAGGAGGAUGUGACUGAUGAAGAUUCUCUGGCAGGAAGAGGCUCAGAGAGUGGAGGUGAGAAAGCAAUAUCAGUGCGAGGUGAUUCCGAAGAGGCAUCUGGGGCAGAGGAGGAAGUGGGGAUGGUGGUGGCAGCAGCCACAGCUGGAAAGGAGAUGGACAAGAGUGAGAAAGGGAUUCAACCUCCUUCUCUGCCUCCACCACCGCCGCCACCACUGCCACCACCUCCACCACCAGACAGCCUGGAUCAAACACAGCUGAAGGAGCAGGGAGGCGGUGAUGUUGCAGGAGGCAUGGAAGAUGGGGGCAAACUGGAGAGAAGCUCAAGCCCAACGGCAGCACUCACCCUUGAAGGGGAAGGCAGCAGCACCACCUUGGUGGAGGAGCUGAGCAAGCAGGAAGUAAUGAGAAAUGAGCCAAGAGAGAGCAGUAGCAGAAAGGCCUGUGAGGUGUGUGGCCAAACCUUUCCCACCCAGGCAGCUCUGGAGGAGCAUCAGAAGACCCACCCCAAGGAGGGGCCACUCCUCACUUGUGUUUUCUGCAGGCAGGGCUUUCUCGAGCGGGCUACCCUCAAGAAGCAUAUGCUGCUGGCUCACCACCAGCAGCACGUGGCUUUCCUGUCAAGUGACCUGCCCGCCACGCCUGUGAGUUCCAUCUCCACCUCAGCACCACCAGUGCUCUUUGGCCCAAGAACUGUGGCUGGGAAGGUGCCUCCAGCCACAAGAUUCAGAGAUGUCAAAGAGAAAAGAGCCUUCUUAUUUCAGUCUCCUGCAUCCAAGGUAGUGCCUGAACAGCUUAUCAUAAAAGAAAAGUAGCAAACUGUACAUUCCUUCUCCUUCCCCCUGCUCCAGAAGGUGCUAGCAAUGAAGCUACAGCAAUAUCUGUAUCUGUGGCUCAGCCCUAGAGGUAGGGAGAAAUGAAGGGCAUACUCUUGCCAGUAAGCUCCUUGAAAAUCACAUUAAGGCACAGGUCAAUAUGCUAAGACAUCUCCAGCUUCUCAUAUUCCUUCAUCAUUGCCUCUCAAAGUUAGGAAACCAGUGGAUUUCUUACCAAGAGGUCUCCCAUGGAAUCUUUUAGGAAAUGUAAAGUUAGCUCAUAUCUUUAACAAGCACUGUCAGUGAGGGUAGUUGAAGAAGUAAUGAUGGAGAGUUGAGGAGUAUUGCUUAAGUAUAGAGAUUUAAAUUGGGAACAUGAUGUGAUCAAGAAAGGGACAUGAUGUAAGGGAGUGGACCUCAAAUUCUUGAUUGGAUGGAGCUCAUGAAUAUUCUUUUGGACUAAUAGUAACUUAGUAUGCAGCAGUACACCAUGGAUCAUGGGAGAUUUCCUAGCACUAGUGUGCUUCUAGUUUUAGAUAACUUCCUCCUUUAUACCUUGGCCCCUUGUAUUUUCCUCUCAAGACCCAUUUCCUUCCCAUUUUGCCUGUCCAUGAACCGGGGCUUAUGUCUUUACUACUGUCUGGUUCUUUGAGUCUCAGACUUUGGGAGAUGAGCUCCAGGUGGUGUCCUCCCUGCCUCUCCAUCUUAUAAUGAGAUGUAGUAUUUACUCUUAACAUAGGAUCAUUUGGAACAGUUCUGAGGAGGAGAAAGUGUUGGUUCUGCUAGUGACUGACUUGAAUGAUGGCUUCUCCUCCGAAGGCGUAGGCUCCAGAGCUUCCUAACAUAGUAAAAUGUGAAGAGCAGACAAGGGAGAUGGU